AUUAGUUAAGAAAGAUCUAUUGCGUACUAAAAUAAUCAAGUAAAAUGAUGUGUUUUUUGUAUCAUCAAAGGUUUCGGUUAAUGGUGGUGGCGCUUAUGGUGGUGGCGCACUUUGAUGAGUCCAACGGCGGCGCAGAAGGGGUGCCGCCACGGCCGUCUGCGAUAUUUGUGUUUGGAGAUUCAACGGUGGAUGAUGGGAAUAGCAACUUCCUCAACUCAAGAGCGAAGGCGAAUUACUAUCCCUAUGGUGUGGACUACCCCGGAGGGUCUACCGGUAGAUCAACCAACGGGAAAACCUUUGCCGAUCUUCUUGGAGAGUGGUUGGGCUUGCCUGCUCCUCCUCCCUUUGCAGACCCUAACACAAACGGGAAUAAAAUUCUCGGUGGAGUCAACUAUGCCUCUGCAGGCGCCGGCAUCCUCGACGAAACUGCCCGACAUUUAAUGGAAAGGUACACAUUGAGCCAACAAGUAGUGAAUUUUGAGAGCACACUGAGCCAGUUGAGGACUAUGAUGCCUCCUGCCAACUUGAGUAGCUACCUAUCAAAAGCAAUAGUGGUAUUGUCCAUCGGAAGCAAUGACUACAUAAACAACUAUCUGAUGCCUUACGUUUAUACUACUAGCUCCAGCUACAACCCCACCCAAUUCGCCAACCUUCUGCUAAAUCACUACGCUAGACAACUUGUGGCAUUGUAUAGUGUUGGGCUUAGAAAGUUCUAUAUGGCAGGCAUUGGGCCAAUUGGAUGCACUCCAAACCAGCUAGUGACAGGUCAGGCCCAAUCAGGGAGAUGUGUGGACUCAGUUAACCAGAUCCUUGGGAGCUUCAAUGACGGUCUCAAAAGUCUAGUGGACACUCUUCACAAUGGUGGACAUCCUGGUGCCAUGUUUGUCUAUGGGAACACCUAUGCUAUUUUGGGCGAUAUGUUGAAUAAUCGCGCGAAAUAUGGGUUUUCGAUAUGGGAUAAGCCAUGUUGUGGAGUAGGAAUGAACUUGGGACAACAAACUAUGGUACAAAUGACUUGUAUACAAUACUAUCCUCCAUGUGGCAAUAGGACCGAGUACAUCUUUUGGGAUGCUUUUCAUACAACACAGAAUGUGAAUGCUGUCCUUGCUCAAAGAGCCUACUCCGGACCGCCAUCUGAUAGCUAUCCGAUCAAUGUUCAACAAUUGGCAACCAUCAACUUUUGAUAAUAUAUGAUAUUUUUAUCUACUUCGUUCUCAAAUCCUUGUCACCCGUUAGUUACAUACAUAAUGUAUUUUACACCUUGUUUGAUGUCUAAAUGUGAUCAAAUGAAUUGAUUUUAUUGAGAUCAUAUGAAGUGUGUGGGCGUAGAUGAAGAAUAAACCUC